AUGGCCACAGUCGUGUUGUAUUUGUGGCGAAAAAAAUUUGUGUCGAUUGGAUUGGGGCCCCGCCUUGUUAAAAUUUAACCAUUUCGAGCUGCUGGAGCAUGAUAAGCAGCCCAGCAUGACGGAGAAGAUUACGCUAGCCGACGCGCUGUCCAAUGUGGAGGUGUUGGACGAGCUCUCCCUGCCGGACGAGCAGCCGUGCAUCGAGGCGCAGCCCUGCUCGAUUAUCUACAAGGCAAACUUCGAUACGAACUUCGAGGAUCGCAAUGGUUUUGUCACUGGCAUUGCCAAGUACAUCGAGGAGGCCACCACCCAUGCCAACUUGAAUGUGCUUCUGGACGAGGGGCAGAAGCACGCAGUGAUGCUCUACACCUGGCGCUGCUGUUCGCGCGCCAUCCCGCAGCCCAAGUCCAACGAGCAGCCCAAUCGAGUGGAGAUCUACGAGAAGACGGUGGAGGUGCUGGCCCCGGAGGUGAACAAGCUGCUGAACUUCAUGUACUUCCAACGCAAGGCCAUCGAGGCCUUUUCCGGCGAGGUGAAGCGCUUGUGCCACGCCGAGAAGCGCAAGGACUUCGUGUCCGAGGCGUACCUGCUGACCUUGGGCAAGUUCAUCAACAUGUUCGCCGUCCUGGACGAAUUGAAGAACAUGAAGUCCAGCGUCAAGAACGAUUACUCCACGUACAGGCGGGCUGCGCAAUUCCUCAAGGUGAUGUCGGACUCGCACACCCUGCAGGAGUCUCAAAAUCUAUCCAUGUUUCUGGCCACGCAGAACAAGAUACGCGACACGGUCAAGGACACGCUGGAGAAGAUCGUGGGCUACGAGGAUCUGCUCUCUGAUGUGGUCAACAUUUGCGUUCACAUGUUCGAAACAAAGAUGUACUUGACGCCUGAGGAGAAGCACAUGCUGGUCAAGGUGAUGGGCUUUGGUCUGUUCCUAAUGGACAGCGACGCGUGCAAUAUCAACAAACUCGAUCAAAAGAAGAAGAUCCGCCUGGAUCGCAUCGAUCGCAUCUUCAAAAACCUGGAAGUGGUGCCUCUGUUCGGCGACAUGCAGAUUGCCCCAUUUAACUACAUAAAGCGCAGCAAGCACUUCGAUUCCAGCAAGUGGCCGCUGUCCAGCUCGAAUGCCAUCAGCCCACAGGCGGAUUUAAUGGUGCACCUGCCGCAGAUACGCGAGGAUCACGUCAAGUAUAUUUCGGAGCUGGCGCGAUACACAAACGAGGUGACCACCACCGUCAAGGAGAAUCCCUCUGAUGCCGAGAACCGGAUUACGGCCGAUCUGGCUCUGCGCGGCCUGCAAUUGCUGUCCGAGUGGACCAGUGUGGUCACCGAGCUGUACUCCUGGAAGCUACUGCAUCCCACUGAUCAUCACCAGAACAAGGAGUGCCCCGUUGAGGCCGAGGAGUACGAGCGGGCCACCCGCUACAACUACACCUCGGAGGAGAAGUUCGCGCUCAUCGAGGUGAUUGCCAUGAUAAAGGGGCUGCAGGUGCUGAUGGCGCGCAUUGAAACCGUGCUGUGCGAGGCUAUCCGGCGUAACAUCUACUCCGAGCUGCAGGACUUUGUCCAGCUUUCGCUUCGUGAACCGCUGCGCAAGGCCGUAAAGAACAAGAAGGAUCUUAUCCGGAGCAUCAUCAUGUCGGUGCGAGAGACGUCGGCGGACUGGCAGAAGGGCUAUGAGCCCACCGACGAUCCAGUGGCCAAGGGCAAGAAGGAUCCCGAUGGCGGUUUUCGCAUCCAGGUGCCGCGUCUCAAUGUGGGACCCUCUUCCACGCAGCUGUACAUGGUGCGCACCAUGCUGGAGUCUCUGAUCGCCGACAAAAGUGGCGGCAAGCGCACUUUGCGCAAGGACAUCGACGGAAACUGCUUGCUGCAGAUCGACACGUUCCACAAGACAUCGUUCUACUGGAGCUACCUGCUCAACUUCAGCGACACGCUCCAGAAGUGCUGCGAUCUCUCGCAGCUGUGGUACCGCGAGUUCUACUUGGAGAUGACCAUGGGUCGUAAGGUUAACAAGUGCUUGGUGCGUCAUCAGCACAACGAGGAAUGCAAGGAUCUGAUCACCAUGGAGAAGCGUAUUCAGUUUCCGAUUGAGAUGUCCAUGCCCUGGAUCCUUACCGAUCACAUUCUGCAAACAAAGGAGCCCUCAAUGAUGGAAUUUGUCUUGUACCCCCUGGAUUUGUACAACGAUUCGGCGUACUACGCCCUCACUGUCUUCCGGAAGCAGUUCCUGUACGACGAAGUGGAGGCCGAAGUCAAUCUCUGCUUCGACCAGUUUGUCUACAAGCUCAGCGAGCAGAUUUUCGCCCAUUACAAGCAAUUGGCGGGCAGCAUUUUCCUGGAUAAGCGUUUCCGCUUGGAGUGCGAGGUACUCGGUUUCAACUUCCAAUCGUAUCCCCGCAAUAAUCGUUAUGAGACCUUGUUAAAACAACGACAUGUCCAACUUUUGGGCCGUUCUAUUGACUUGAAUAAAUUGAUCACACAACGCAUAAACGCCAACAUGCACAAGAGCAUUGAGUUGGCCAUCAGCCGCUUCGAGGGCAACGAUAUCACCGGCAUUGUGGAACUUGAAGGUCUACUGGAGGCGAAUCGAAUUUGCCACAAGUUGCUAAGCAAAUACUUGGCCCUGGAUAACUUUGACGGCAUGGUCAAGGAGGCUAACCACAACGUACUGGCGCCCUACGGCAGAAUAACACUGCACGUCUUUGUGGAAUUGAACUACGACUUCCUGGUCAAUUACUGCUAUAAUGCAGCUACAAAUCGUUUCAUUCGAACCAAAGUGAAUCUUUCGUCGUCACAGGCUAUACAGCGUGAAAAGCCGCCACAAAUGUCCCACUACUAUCUGUGGGGCUCCAAGCAGCUGAAUGCUGCCUAUUCCACACAAUAUGGCCAGUACACUGGCUUUGUAGGCUCACCGCAUUUCCAUGCGAUGUGCCGCCUGCUGGGCUAUCAGGGCAUAGCAGUCGUCAUGGACAUUAUACUGAAGGACAUUGUUAAGCCGCUGAUCCAAGGCUCGCUGUUGCAGUUCACCAAGACGCUGAUGAUUGCCAUGCCCAAGUCGUGCAAACUACCCCGUUGCGAAUAUGGUUCGCCGGGAGUGCUCAGUUACUAUCAGGCCCAUCUUACAGACAUCGUGCAAUAUCCGGACGCGAAGACAGAGCUGUUCCAGUCUUUCCGGGAGUUCGGCAACAGCAUCAUCUUUUGCCUGCUGAUCGAACAGGCGCUCUCGCAGGAGGAGGUGUGCGAUCUGCUGCACGCCGCCCUCUUCCAGAACAUAUUUCCCAGACCUUUUUGCAAAGAAAAUGAGAAACCGGAGGCUAAGCAAAAGCGCCUUGAAGCCCAGUUUGCCAAUCUGCAGAUAGUUUCAAACGUGGAAAAGAUCGGCACUGCAAAGCAAGCGAUGAUAGCACGAGAGGGAGAUUUGUUGACUCGUGAGCGUCUCUGCUGCGGCCUCAGCAUCUUCGAGGUUAUUCUAAACCGCGUGAAGAGCUAUUUGGACGAUCCGGUGUGGUGUGGUCCUCCACCGGCCAACGGGAUUAUUCACGUGGACGAGUGCUCAGAGUUCCACCGCCUUUGGUCGGCUCUGCAGUUCGUUUAUUGCAUUCCAGUAAGGGGCACUGAGUACACCAUCGAGGAACUCUUCGGCGAGGGUCUGAAUUGGGCUGGCUGCGUCAUGAUCGUACUGCUGGGCCAGCAACGGCGCUUCGAGGCUUUGGACUUUUGUUACCACAUCCUGCGGGUACAGCGCGUUGAUGGCAAGGAUGAAGACGUCAAGGGCAUUCAAUUGAAGCGAAUGGUGGAUCGGAUUCGUCGGUUCCAAGUAUUAAACUCACAAAUCUUCUCCAUUCUCAACAAAUAUCUGAAAGGUGGCGAUGGCGAGGGCUCAAAUGUGGAGCACGUGCGGUGUUUUCCACCGCCCCAGCAUCCCUCGGUCAUAUCGUCCUCGUCGCACUACCAGGAUCCCCAGAAGCUGCGGCAGAGCAUAAACAAUUGAAGUCUCCUGGAAAGGGAUGCAUUUAAGCUAAUCGCAUACAAAUAGGUUAUACUUAAUCGCAGUUGCAUUAGUCCCCGGGAAAACAGCGACGUAGAAGCCGAAUAGCCAAGUUCUUGGCUAUGCUGCCUAAAUUUUGACAGUUUAUUUAGUCAAAGAGGCGGUCUUGGUUCUAUUUGAAUUCGAUUUUAUUGAAAAUCUCUUUUGGUAUGUCGCAUUCAAUCUUACAGUACGUUAAAUGUUUUAUCCAAGCAAUUAUACAUAUAUAGAUGUAAUUUUGAUUCACUUGCCAAGGCAUUCGAUUCAACUACUCGUACAUUAUCCCAAAUACUCUAUUCUAAGCUCCCUAAGAUAUUAUGUUUUUGGCCUAUCUAUUCCUUCGCUACAAACAGAUACAUUUAUGUUUUGCUUUCCGAUUUGAGAAUCAAAUUAGCCAAAGAAUUGAUGACAGCACGGCGAAAUAAAAACUAAUUGGCUUUAAACACAAUCAAAGUAUUACAAAAAAGAUGCCGCACAGUGUAUGCCCAUACAUUCAUACAUUCAAAGAAGCCACGACAGCCAGCAUUGAGACACAUGCAAUUAAUACAAUGAACAUUAUCGAAUAAAAUUUUCAUACGUAUUUCUAACAAACCCA